UACUUACGAAUUGGGAUUUGUGUUAAACUAUGGGGUUUCAAAUGCAGUUGUCUCAAAAAUUGGUAGCGCCGAAUAGCUGCACAAUUCUUCCCAAACCCUCAAACGCAAUCAGAGCACCAUCUAUGGCGACCGAAAGCAGCAAAACUCGUCCAGAACCAAAAAAGACCAAGCAGACCCCUCAAAGUCAAAGCCCCCUUCCGACGGAAGAUUCUCACCUACUGCCGAACCUCCCGUUCGAAAUCAUCGUGGAAAUUCUGUCGAGACUUUCCGUGAAGUCUCUGCUGCGAUUCAGGUGCGUUUCCAAAUCAUGGCGUUCUUUGAUAUCUCAAACCGAAUUCGCAAAGACCCAUCUCAGAUUAGCAUCUGUGAACACUGAUUAUACCCACCAUAGACUCAUUCUACAAGGUCCGUGCUCCUAUGUUGAUUUCAAGUCAUGCUCCCUCUACUCUGUUUUGAAUGAGAAAUCUGAUACUGCUGUUGAGCUUGAUUGCCCUUUGAAAAGAACAUAUUCUCCAGUAAUGGUUGUGGGUAGUUGUAAUGGUUUAGUGUGCAUCGCAGCUGAUUUGGAAGUAAUUAUAUCGAACCCGUCUGCUAGGAAAUCAAAGAGAUUGCCGAAUGCUGAAACGAAGUCCUAUAACUUCCUGAGGUAUGGUUUUGGUUAUGAUGAGUCUGUUGAUGAUUACAAGGUGGCUAGAUUUUUUUGGGAUAUUCAUCGUGAGGUUGAAGUGAUGGUGUAUUCAUUAAGGACUGAUUCGUGGAGGCAGAUUAGAGGCUUUCCUCAAUUUUUUCCUUUGGAUCAUUUCGGGACAUAUUUGAACGGGGCCCUCCAUUGGACUCGGUUUACAAAGCCCAAUGUUAUCAUUUGUCUUGAUUUGGCGAAUGAGACUUUUGGAGAGGUUUUGGAGCCUGAUUAUCGAGAUGGUUAUAGCUCUAGGAGCUUGUUGAAUGCUUUAAAUGGAUGCCUCUGUAUACUAUGCUCCUAUGAUUAUUACUCUGAUAUAUGGGUGAUGAAGGAAUACGGUAUUAGAGAGUCUUGGACCAAGUUGGUUGUGAUACCUUAUGUGACACAUCCAUCGAGUGGUACUCCUUCCUCCAAACCAUUCUACAUUUUGAAGAAUGGUGAAGUUUUACUGAAUGUUUAUUAUACGCAUUUAGUUCGGUAUAAUCCCAAAGAUGGCACAUCUAUUUAUCAUGUGAUUCAUAAUUGUUCAGAGAGUUUUGUUGUCUAUCACUACAUUGAGAACCUAGUCUCGCCUUACAUUGAUGCUGACAAUGGGGUUCAGCGGCAACACCACUACUGAAGGGAAUAAAGGAUGAGAACGUGUAAAUCCCAGAAUCAAAUUGCUUAUAUUGUAGUCUUUGUGGCGUGAAUACUUGUACUGUCUUUAUGUUACAACUUUGGCUUGUAAUCAGAUAUUUGUUUUGAAAUAGUAAUGUCAUAUGGCCCUAAUCUAAGUGCUU